CACAUAUUAAAGUCUUACAACACUUUAGAAAUGUAGUUACUAAACAACAAAUAACAUUUUAUGGAAGCUCCACUUCAAAAAGCUCUACAGCCAAUAACUCUGCCAAACACGGCCCUAGUCCUACUGUUUGGGUCCUUCAGUCAUAGGCUUUCUCUUGUCGUAGCUCCUCCAUGGAUGAAAGCGAUCACACUAGCGAGUGGCUUGUUAUUGUCUUGCUCGUCCAGGGUUCGCCUAUCCCACUUAGUACUCUCCCUCUAGUUAUCGAUGUAGUAACGGAGAUAUCCUCACCGAAUGAGGGCCUCGAUCUCAUCUAUUAGCUAAAAGCAUUUUUUGUGCUCGUAGUCUUUGUAAAACCAGAAGAAUUUGUUUGAGUCCCUCUUAUUAGCAAGGCUUUUUGUCUUCCAGGGUUGGCCUAGAUAUCACCGAUUCUAGACUUCCAUCAUGAUUUGGGCCCUCAGAGUGUUUAGACUCUCGAACUUCCAAGAUAGGCUCCAAGGUUGCAUAGCGAUCCUUUCUUCUCAGCUCAUUCUUCUCUUCACGGUUUUGGCAUUUUUUGCCAUUCCUUCCUUACGCUGCCUCUCUCCAAGCUACCAUGGCCUCCUUAGCUUGGAUGUAUUAAUUAGCACGAGAAAGGAGUUCAGACAAAUCCUUCGGGGGCCUCUUAUCUAGUGAAAAGCUGAAGCAUGAGGUCUUUAGCCCAAUCAUCACUGCAGCUACCACGAUGGACUCGUCUAGCUUACGCACUUCAAGGGUUUCAGCAUUGAACCAAUUAAUAUAGCUUUAUAGGGAUUCCUUCUCCCUCCGUUUAAUGACGAGCAGGUCAGUGAAGGUAUUCCUCUACUUUUUAUUGCUGAGAAAGUGGUUGAUGAACUGGCGGCUGAGUUGAUCAAAGGAGUCGAUUGACCUAGCGGAUAACUCGAAGACUAGAGCCAAGCGGCCCUUCUAAGAAUGGCCGAGAAAACUUGGCAAAUCUUGGCGUCGCUGGCUCCUUGGAGCAACAUGAGAGCUCUAAAACUCUCUAGAUGGUCCAUCGGGUCUAUGGUACCAUCAUAGUGCUCCAACUGUGGCAUCUCAAAUCUUUUUGGUAGGGGAUCCUCCAGGAUCUUCCUGGUGAAGGGAGGAUCAGAUUAUCUCCUACUUAGGCCCUUUGCUCUUGCAAGGCCUUGAUCUAGUGGUUCAUCUCCUUGAUCUCGUAGCGGAGGUCAACCUCCUGUCUGGAGAUUUUUUUUCCAGCUGGUGCGGAGAAGGAUCAUCGGAACUGGAACUUGCUCUAAAGGAAGAGCAAUUGUGCCUCCAACCCUGUUUAGGGCGUUCAUGGUGGUAGCGGCUGCUAUAUUGCAUCAGGGCAUCUUGUUGGUUUAGCUAGCUAGCAGGGGGUUACCAACCUACUACCACAGGUUUUGCACCACAAUUGUUAGGGUCUGCACCUACUAGACAAGCAAGUCAAAUAGUCCAGAAUCAAUAGUUCCUGCGGCUGGUUGAGAAGACUGAAAUUUUGGGGAGUUUUGCAAGGAACCAUCUGGAGUAGGCUAGGAAGAUGCUCGACAGUUACUUUUGCCGAGUCUCAUGGCUUUUCUUUCUUCGUUUCCCACAGACGACACCAAUCUGAUGCGGCCGAUUUCAGGGUGCUAAUGCAGACUGCCUCCAUAGACUUGCGAGACACUAGAUAAGGGUCAGAGAGCUUGCUAGAUUGGCUCCAGCUGGGCCCUUCAUUACGUAAGUCAGAGAGGGUUUCUUGGUGGAAAGUAAGAAAGAAGAAGAAUGAAGAAUAAAUAAGGCAGAGUGUCGCCCAAUUGGAGAGAAAACUUUGAUAUGGACAGAAAAGAAAGAGAAAACACAUUUCUAUAUUCAUGGAGGAGAAUUAUUUCUUUGUACUUAAAAAGAUUUUGUCAAUUUUGCCCUAGAUCCAAUUGAGUUGAUGAGCCUUUAAAUCCAUCUGCGGAAAGAAGAUGCAAUUGACACACUCUUUCUGAAGUUUGAUGACUUGAUGCUUAGCACCCUACUCAGCACUGUGCUACUCGAAAAGUUCAUUUUUUUUUAUACUUGAUGCUUUAGUAUAAUAUUUGGAGGCUUGGUAGGCACAAUAGGAUACUCAAAUAUCGGAAUCAUUAGAAAAUUUCCAAAUGGAUUUAGUGAUGAAACUAUAAUACAUGUGAGAUCUUAGUUAUUUGAUUUUUUUUUCAUUGAAGAAAACAUCAAUGUUUUUCAUUUUGAAUCUGAUGAUCAUCGAUUGUCUUUCUUAGAGGGGCUUCAGGCCACUUAUAGUCAGAAUCCUGCAUCUCUAGCCAAUCGCAUUCUAACAAACUCAGAGCCCUGCCGUAAUAGACUACUAACGUGGUGUAACAACCCAAAGACCUUGUCACGACCGCCUAACAUAUGAUGGAAUUGCUAGAACCACGUGUGCUUUUGAGGCGGAGGGACUGAGCUGUUUCUAUUGCGGGAAGGUCCUACUUUCUUAGGUUGGUUGCCGAGGUCACCAGGCUGGACAAGAGACUUCGGCUCUAGAGGUCGGUCAUUUCUGGUCUACUCAUUCCGACUUCUAGGUCUGGCGCAGGAGGUCCUGACUAGAAUGCCUUCGAAUUUUUGAGUGCACUUGGUUGCCACAUAGAUUAUGAGCUGGGAGCAUCUGAUUGCACCAUAUCACUUUGGUCAUUUAUUGUUACAACAAUUUGCAUUGUAUAUAAUUUGUAAAUUAUAUAUGUUAUAUUAUAUAUUUUAAGCUAAACAUGUUAAGUUCCUCCCUUUCCUGUUUCUUGGAAAGAUUGUGCAUUUUCUUUUUGAUGCAUUUGCACAUGGUUUUGGCAUGAUAGUCCGCAUAAGACAUGAUUGCAUAUGUUCAAUACGUCCUGUUCAGUGUUUUGGUUGGUUUCCUGGCUGAUUAAGCUAUGUUGAAAUCUGUUCUGUUUUCUUUUGGAUGUUUUUUCUUGCAAUUUUUUCUCAUCUGAUGUGUUUUACCACCAGUAGGCUUGCGUUCCGUGGCAUGGUUGCCUUUACCUGGUUUUGAAUGAAAAAUAUUUAGCGUGUUCAGAUCUGGGGCUACUCUCUUUCUACUAGAAUUAGGGCUUUAAUUUUAAUCUACAAGUACUAAUUUAGCAGCAUGUACUAUAAAUUGAGGAUCCAUACAAUUGAUCAUGAUCUUUAAUAUCUAAAAUUUAUAGGAAUAAGAACAAGUACUUUAGGCAGUUUUUAUGGCUCAAUGUGGUCUUUUAAUAUGAUUGAUGGUUUAGAAGCAUGAAGGCCAAUUAAAUUUUGGUUGAUAUAUGUUUUAAGAUGUGCAAAUUAUAACCAACCCUAAGACCUUGCAGCAACUCUUUUCCCCUUUUUCACAUUUCUUUUUCUCAUUGUGUCAUGAUAUCACAUUCAUCCUUUUCCUUUAUAUUCUAUUUGUCUCUGUUUCUUUAUUUUCUUGUGCUUUAUAUUACUUGAUAAGGUUGUUGUCUGCUGUAAGAGGAAGCAAAUUCAAUUUUCAAAUUCGAGGCCAAAACAAUCAGUGUAGAGUAUCAUCAAAUCCUGCUUCAAUUGGUACUCCUCUUGUUGAGUUUAUAUUUCCCUCACUACUUGACAAAACAAUUGCUACACAAAAAGGUUCUUGAAGUUAGAUUUCUCACAAGCUAAACCAUGUAUAGAUUCUAGACGCUGACAGGUUUGGACCACAUACUCAUGACGGAGAGGCCAACUAUAUCAUGGAAGUCAUUAAAUCACCCCUUUAAUUCAUCUUUUGGAGCAUCAAGUGGAAUUGGUGCCGAAACAUGCCGGGUUCUUGCAUUGCGUGGUGUGCAUGUAGUAAUGGCAGUCAGGAAUCUAUCGACUGGUUCUGGUGUCAAAGCUGCAAUCAUGAAAGAAAUUCGUACUGCUAAAAUCGAUGUCAUGGAACUAGACCUCAGCUUGAUGGCAUCUGUUAGAAAAUUUGUAGAAAAUUUCAAUAAGCUGAAUCUCCCACUGAACAUCCUCAUCAACAAUGCAGGAAUUGCGCUGGUUCCCUUCAUGCUUUCCCGGGAUGGCAUUGAGCUGCAUUUUGCGACAAACUACUUAGGUCAUUUUCUUUUGACAAAUCUUUUAUUGGAAAACAUGAGAAUUACAGCCCGUGAAAGUGGUAUAGAAGGAAGAAUUGUUAUUGUCUCUUCUGUAGCUUACGAGGCUACGUAUCAUGAAGGAAUCCGUUUUGACAAAAUCAAUGAAAAGUCAGGGUACUAUAGUUUUCUUGCUUAUGGUCAAUCGAAGCUUGCCAACAUAUUGCAUGCUCGUGAGCUUUCUAACCAUCUUAAGGAACAAGAGAUAAAAGUUACAGUUAAUUCACUUCAUCCAGGGGUUAUUACCACCAAUAUAUUGCGGCAUCGGAGGUUUUGGAAUGGUAUUGUCAUUGCAGUCAGUAAAUUUGUGAUGAAUGUGAUGAAAAAUGUUCAACAGGGUGCGGCCACAACAUGUUACUUGGCAUUGCAUCCACAAGUCCAGGGAGUGAGUGGCAGGUAUUUUGUUGACUGCAAUGAAGCCAAAGUUAAAUAUCAUGCUGCUGACACAAAUCUGGCGAAGAAGUUAUGGGAUCUUAGCAUGGGUUUGAUCAGUUAAUGUGAGAAUACCAAUGUUAUUGCUUUCUUUUCAAAUGCUGGAUGUGGGAUUUGUAUAAAUAUUAGAAAUUUAGUAGGAACACAAACUGGAGGAAAGGACUUGAAGCAUGGGCUUCUAACUUUCUUUGCAUGCUGCAUAAUUUUCACAUCCUGAUUAUGAUUUAUAUCAUGCUGCUGACUCCUUAAUCAUUUUACAUGGUACAAAGCCAUGGUAUGUCAAAAUU